AUGGAUUGGUUCAAAGUCCUUUAUGUGGCUGCAAUUGUUUUAAUUUUUCAAAGCUGUGUAACUGCUUGUGUUACGAAUGAGAAAGAACACCGAAAAUUGAUCCUCCGUUUAAAAACAAGCGAUUAUAUCGAAUCGGUUAUGCUUUUAACAGAUCGCGGUUGUUUCGUUAAGAAAGACCCAUAUUCACAUCGGUCACAAUUGAUCGGACAUGGUGGCAGUAUUCUUGAUCCCCAUACACAUGCUGUUAUCCUGGAUUAUUUAAGCCUUAGCCUCACUGGUGGUGCGCGCGCUUUAGUUUUAGAGUCAGGCAGUGGAUAUCUCUCAGCAUGUUUAUCGCUUAUGACUGGUCGUAAUGGUGUCACUAUAUCCGUUCCUCCGAACCCUCAGUUAUUAGCAUUGGCUAAGGAGAAUAUUCAAAGCUGGUUAAUAUACGAGAAAACAGUUAAGACUUUAGGCAUAAAGCUGGGGGAACAAAUUAAAUUUAUGAGCAGGAAUGAUCCACGGACUUGGUUAUCAAGUGGGCCAUAUAACGGCAUCUUUGUUCACAAUAUGGGAGGAGCACGUUCUGUGUCUGAAGUAAGUCUUGACAUAUUUUACUAUUUUCGUUCCUUGUAA